GAUUUGGGAAGGCUGGGGGAUGGAGCUGGUGGCUUUUGUCGCGGGGAAGUGGCAUCGCCCCCGCUAGCCGAGGCUGGCCAGCAAUUCCACGAGCAGCAGUUCCGCGUCGGCGAAGACAUUGGAGCACGGCUGCAAGGAAAGCACGGCGAGCCCUGCCGAGCUCGCCGCGGCAGCGGGACGAGCAGCCCCCGCUCUCCCGAAGGGAAAGCCUUCCUUCCCCGUGUGCUGCCGUGAUAAAUCAGCUGCCGCCCGCCUGAAUACCAGCAUUGACUGGAGUUACAGUAGGAAACUUGUGUGUGCGGACACUGUGCCAUCGCUCUGCGGAGAGCGGCCGGCGCUGAAAUAUCGCAUUGAUUGCCGGCAGCGCCGGGAUAUCGCGGCGGCGGGCAGCAGGGCGAGCACCGCGACGAGAGGCGCCGGGGAAAGGCAGGGCUGGACCACCUCGCCGAGCUCCCCGGGAAUGAGAGGCACGCUGGAAGCGCUAGAUGCCGAAAGGAGCUGGCAGGGAAAAGCAUCCAGUGCUCCCCCAGCCACACAGUGAGCAGCAGUGCGUGUCACCCCCUGUGAGAGACCGAGCUGGGAAUAAAAGGAGAACAAUGCAUUUCCUGGCCUGGUUCAACUUGCUGCUUCUCCUUCCUUGUUUUGGUACCACAAAAACCUGCUUCCCUGGCUGCCACUGCGAAGUGGAAACCUUUGGUCUCUUUGACAGCUUUAGCUUGACCAAGGUGGACUGCAGUGGAAUAGGCUCACACAUUGUUCCUGUCCCAAUCCCUCUGGAUACCUCCUACUUGGAUCUAUCAUCAAACAAACUGGAAACAAUAAAUGAAUCGAUGCUUACUGGCCCUGGAUACACCACCCUGGUGAGUCUCGACCUGAGCUACAACAAAAUUGCCAAGAUUUCCUCCACAACGUUCUCCAGGCUUCGGUACCUGGAGUCCUUGGAUCUCAGUCACAACUCCCUGGAAGUCCUUCCAGAGGACUGUUUCUCCAGUUCUCCUCUAAGUGACAUAGAUUUGAGCAAUAACAAACUUUUGGAUAUAGCUAUGGACGUUUUUGCUUCAAAAGCUCAAGGCAAAUCCCUGAAUGUGGAUCUGUCCAAUAAUAAGCUCAGCACAAUUACAAGGCACCAUGAAAAGAGCAUUCCCAACAUCCAGAACUUAAAUCUUUCUGGAAACAGGCUAACAUCUGUACCAAACCUUCAAGGCAUUCCUCUCCGGUAUUUAAAUCUUGAUGGAAACCCUCUGUUUAAGGUUGAGAAAGGAGACUUCACGGGGCUGAAAGACUUGAUUCAUUUAUCCCUCAGUGGCCUGCACGGCUUUAGAGAGUUAUCUCCUCAUAGCUUCAAGGAACUCCAAGCCCUCCAGGUUCUGGAUUUAUCCAACAAUCCCAACCUGAAGUCGCUGACUGCUGAAGUUAUCUUUGGUCUGAACUCCCUACAAGAGCUCAACCUCUCUGGGACAGGCAUAUCAUCCUUGCCAAAGACUUUGCUGAAGUACCUGCCUUCCAUCAAAAGCAUCACCUUAGGGAAGGACAUUCAGUGUCUUAAGACCAUCAAAGAAGGACAGUACCACCGACAGAUCGGGCUGACCAAAAAAGAAGUCCUCAGCUGCUACGACAGCAAUGGAUCCGUAGCAGCAGCACCUUAUGUUUCAUGAUGGAAGCUGGGGAGGAGAGGGGUGGGGCAGGGAGGGUGGGGGGCCAUGGGACUUGUACAGGUGUCGGACUGAGAUGGCCUGCAGUGUGCCUUUUGUAAAACUGUCGAUAAUUUAUAUAUUUGUAUUUGCCAACAGUUGAUUGUUUGUGGAUUUUAUAAACUCCCGUGUCUCAGCCCGCGUGAUCUGCAGGCUCCAGGUUUUACCCGGUGCAUUGAGCUCCUCACUCAUCCCCUUGGCUCAGGAGCAGUGGUGCUGGAUGAUGUGGGGACAAGUGGCUCUGCAGGUCCCAGAGCAGAACAGUCAGCCUGGAGCAAACCCUUCGUGCCUCAGACACAUUUAUAGGAGCAAAACUACAUCUCUGCAGGGCACACACCAAAUGUACAGCUCUGCAGCUGCUGGCCUACAAACCCAAGCAUCAUCCUUCUUUUAAUUAUUGCUCCCCAAAAUGUGCCUUCUGGAUGUUGCCUUCAUUAGCAGCACCCUGUUUUCUGUCACGCACUUUCAGUCUUGAAGAAACAUUUCCAGACAAACCUGAAUACAGGGUGCACCUGAUGUGCUGGGUUUCACAUGCUGUUUGCAUAGGUGUGCAAUGAACACUAAGUCGAGACAUUUUCCCACCAGUUUCUCCUUGUUUUCCCGCCUUUUCAUGUCUAAUUAACUUAGGUCCAGCUUUGGCGACCUCCUGCCUUUUUACCUCAGUGAGCCAUUGGUCAGAGAUGGUGUGCAGCAGAGGAAGGGAAGCAGAGGGUUCUGCUAAGAGCCACAUCUCACCCAGGGACUAGCCUUCAGUGAAGGAGGUUGCCAAGGGAAGAGAUCGUGUAGCCUAGCUCAGAAAAAAAAAAAAAAAAAAAUG